AUGUCCGUUGAUCAGAACAAUGCUGGUUCAUGGGUGCUUAUCGGAAAUCUGCACAUGUCUAAACAUGAAUGGGGACGUGGUCAAAAGAAAUUUGAAGAAGUGUUGAAUAAGAUGGAUAAAGAAGAUGCUUACUCAUGGAAAAAGACUGACGACCGUACCCAAGAAGGGAAGUACAUGGAUAGAGCUCUACAGAUGUUUGGUAAAGCGUUGAAAAUUGAGCCAAAAAACAUCUGGGCAGCAAAUGGAAUAGGCUGCGUAUUAGCAUCGAAAGCAAUGUGGCAAGAUGCCCGUGACAUCUUCGCUCAAUUCCAGCAUCUUAUCUCGGUUGCAGGACGAAAUCGGAUGAUUUAUGCCCUGACCUAG